CGUCGCCAGCUUUCCGAGGAAUGACCGGCGGCCUUGAGUAAGAUUAAUCCAAUCGAUAAUUCUGAAAAGGGCAGCCCCGGCACAAAAUAAGCAUAAUAAUAAAAAGAAGAGGAAGAGCGCCUUAUUUAUGUGUCUAUGCCACGUGGUGUAAACACUGCGGUAGGCAUUCACCUGGCUGAAAUAACGAAAACGUGGAUGAGUUUGUGAAAGUUGCGAAAAGCUGAAAGCAUUUUCUCAGUCAAGGUCUCUCUCACUACGGAAAAUACGCCGUAAGCGGAGGAAGAAAUGACACUUGAAAAAAUAGAUUUCUUGCCGGAGUGCCGAGAUCCUGGUGGUAUAUUUUCCAGGCCCGACUUUGCAAGUUUCAGAACAUUAAUUGAUCGUGCGAAUGAGUGGUUACUUGCAAAUCCGCGAUGGAAAGCCAUAACCUGCGAAAGCGUUGAAUUUAAAACCAGAGGUGAAAACGUCAAUUAUGAAAGAAUGGUUUACAUGGAAUAUGGGGAACAUGCAACAACCUAUGUUAGAGGUUUGAGACUUUGGGUAAGUGAAAAGCAAGUAGAUUAUGAUAUACCUCAGCAAAUUGGAUACCUCAACUUGGUACCUGAUCAAAUGAGUGGAACUGGUGGAAUAUUUUCUUCGCCCGAUUAUGAAACUUUAGACGAAGUUGUUUCUAGAUAUAAUAGAAUGACACACACAAGGCCGAUACCAGGUCGCAUUAUUACAAUUGAAACUCAGGAAAUGAAGUUGAAACUUUCAGGAGAGGCUGACCCUGAUCGAUCCUACUGGACGGAACGUGGUAACACACAAAAGCGUUUCCUUUUUGUCAUACGAAUUUUUUUUGAAUUAUCGGAUGGAGUUCCUGAAGAAAUUGGAAUCAUGGACUUCGUGCCAAACCCAAUUUCAAGUGGAGGAGUCUUCUCUUUCCCGAAGUAUGAACCUUUCUGUACUUUGGUCUAUCAGGCAUCCAAUUGGUGUGCAAGACAACAAGGCAUAAGAAUUUGUAAUGUCCAGUCUGUUGAAAUGAAAUUUAAAUCAGGGAGAGAACUAAACACACAAAAAAUGAGUUAUGUCGAACACGGAGGUCGACUCACUUCUUAUGUAAGAAUACUUCGUCUGGCGUACACGAAGAUCAGAGAUUACUCAUACAGAAACUUAUAUCCGGGAAUAAAUGUAUCCGUACUUACAUGCCGGACAUUCGUUCCUGUCCAGUUGACAACUGGCAUCUUUGUUCCAGAAUUUGAAACUCUGUAUGCCACUAAAGAUAGAGUUACAGCUUGGGUGAGAGCAACUGGAGCCAAUGUGAUAAGUGCUGAGACAACCGCAAUGCGCAUGUAUACCGGAGGUGAAGCUAAGCAUGGCUCAGAGGCAACUUUCACUUACAAUCGAGUAGAGAGAAACGAGUACUGGAUUUUCGUUAUCAGGCUGUAUAUCAACGGAGCUCCCCCAGAACCUCCUGUAGAAAUGCUACCUCCUGUCCCAGAAAUUCAAGACCAAGGUUGUUGCAUGUUAUCAUAAGAUGUCAAAUCUUGCGAUAGCAAGAAUUCUAUGCAUUUGCUUAAAUAAUAUUAUUUUGGAAAAUUCAAUCUAUCUAUAUAUUAUUGAACAAUUAUGUCGAAAGAGUUUGCUAUAUUUUGAUUUUUUCGAAACAAAAAGCUGAACAAUGCUGUGAUACCAAUAACCUUUAAGGUUAAAAGGAAGGAAAAAAAAAAAAAAAAAAAAUGUGAUUUUGGACGAAGUAAGAAGAGGUAGCAACUGGAGAUUUUAUUCAGUAGAUUAUUUAAAACAGGGAAUAAACUCUUUUAUUUCUCUCUUUGCUUCCAGAAACAUUGAAGCUUUAUGAAAUUUUAAUCUCCAUAAGUUCAUGUGUAAGCAUAAUAUUUCCACCAAAUUGUACCUGACAUAAAACAUCAUUAUAUGAAUUAAGCAAUACCAUCUGUAGUUUCAGUAACUUUGUAACAGGGUAUCUACUCAAAAGAAAGUUCAAACUUACCUGACUUUUCUUGGUUUGUCAGUCAAAAAAUUCGGGUAUCUUUUUUUUAAUGGUUGAUCUAGUUACUCAAAAGCCUUUUUAAGCACACAAGAAGUAAUAGUCGGGAUCCACUAUUGAUCUCAAACUAUGACAUACAUCCAGACAAUAGCCUGGAUUCUAAACUUUUGAGAGAAAAAAAGAUAUUUUCAAUCGAAUUUUUUCAGUUAAUGGUAAAUCAGAGUAGAAUCAAAUAUGUGUUAUAAUAUAAAAGUCUUAAUGCAAUUUCGAUCCGAAACAAUUCAUUUAAAAUGCCACUAUGAAGAUGAAUUUUAUUUCAAAUUAUUUCUUAAAAAAUUUAUAAAUGAGAAAAUAAUAUGACUAUACUUAGAAAACAUUAUAAUUUAAGCCAUAGCCUGUUUAUUAAAAAAAACUUUAACAAAAAAGUACUUUUACAAGCACAGAUUUCCUUUAUCGGAAAAAAAAAAAUCACCAAGUAGUAGUUAAGAUUUUGUUGUAAUUAGGGUUGCGUGUAUUUGUUGCGACUCCAAUUAUUGGGACGUUUUAGAAAAAUAAUUUUAUUUACAUUUUAACUAAAGAAAUUAAACAUUUGAUUUUUACUACGAGCUUCUCUGAGGCAAUGUGCGAGAGAGUUCCGAAGAAAAGGAGACAGAAUAGCUUUUUUAGAAGCAUACCCGAAUGAUGAGCGGCGCUGCAAUUACAUCACACACAGCCUCGACGGAGCCUGUAGUUUACGGAUAUUUGAUAUGAUUUAUAUGAUUCAUGAUAGAUAUAUAUGAUUUAUGAUAGGUAUAUAUGAUUUUUGAUAGUCAUUCACUACAAUUUCAAUACAAUAAUAGACUGGAAAAUUGUAAAUUUAACAUAAAUGAAAUAUAUUUCUACAAAAUUAAUAUUUUUGCACUUCUAAAGUUCUUUAAAAAUUCUAUAGUCACAUAUAUACAUGUAUAAAAAAAAGAAUAAUCAGAUAUUUUAAAAUCACUAGAAAGACAUUAAUAAGAUGUUUUAUUAAGCCAUCAAAUUCAGCUAUUGCUUCUCUACUUCUUAUUGGAUUUUCAUUUUCUUCUUUUUAAGUUCUUUUAUCUCCUUUGUACCUCUUAUUUUUAGACCCUUGAUCUUCUAACUUUUUCUCAAUAAGCAUUUUUUCUCUCCUUUCUUUUAGUUCUUUAUGAUGCUAAUUUUGAGCAUUUCUGUCGACAAAUAUCAUUUGUUUUGUUAUAUCUACCAUAAAUAAAUCUCCAAAAUUACUAACAGCAUCAUAAGCCUAUUCAUAAAACAAUUAUCAACCUUCCUCGCAUAUUCUGAAUCAGCGUAGCCUUAUCAAUGCCGAAACAGCUGCAUUUUCAUGUGACAUAAUCGAAACAUUUUUUAUAGUAAAUGUUUUUAUCUAUCAAUGAUGAAUAGAAAACAUCUAGUGUAUUUUAGCAUUUUCUUUUUAAAACGAGAAGAUGCAAUACAUUUAAUAAAUUCUGAUUUCGGUUUAUCAGCUGUAAUUGCAUUAUUCGAUAGCAAUCACAAAGCAAUUUCUGAACAAAGGAUGAGCUUGAAGUAGAUAUUAUACUAUUUGGAGACAUUCAGCUUAUGCCUCUAAAAAGCUUAAAAUCUAAUGGAUUUCUUUCUAUUAAUUUCAAAGUAAUUUUCUAUAAAAAUGAACGAUAUUCUUACUUAAAAUUUGACUAUACAGUAUCUGAUGCGUUACUUUCAUUAAGGUUUCUCCUUACGACAAAUCCAAGGUUCACAUUAGUGAUUGACGAAAGUUUAUAUUUUUGGGUGACAUUGCAGAACUGCUCUUCAACAAAUAAAUCUCUUCAUUAAGUUGUGAAUCAUCAAAUAUAUUUCUUCAUACAGGAAAGGUACCAUGGGCUUAUCAGCCUGGAAUUUCAUUAAAAAAAAAAAGAAACUGUGCUUCUAAUGACACUGAAAUAAAGAAAUCUAAUCUUGCUUCUAAAACAUCACUAUAUUUGUAUCUGGUUCAGACUUUUUAGCUUCCAGGUUUUGUACAAAGUCUUUUAAGUGUGGCAGAAUAUUGAGACCUUUUUGUGCAACAGCUAUACUCUCUAGCCCCCAAAUGGAACAAAAUUUUAGCGGGAAAAUGUUCGUUUUUGUCAAACAUACAAAAUCAGCACGUCUAGCUGGUGAAUCUUUAAAUAAAUUAAAUACAGUAAAGAGGAAUUUAUUUAUAUCCCAGGAUGUAUUUUUAUGUCAAGUUUGAGAAGCACCAUGGACAGUGUGGGGGCCAGUAGAUCCAAUAUCCAAAAGAAAUUUAGAGCCAGCAUACCCUUUUAAAUCAUUUUGUAGCAGUGAGUGUAGUUUAUGAUUAAUAUUUGGACCAUCCAUAGAUAAUUGAAUACUUUCUUUAUAUCUGAUGAUUGAAUGAUUCUGAAGCAUUCAGUAUGGAUAUUGCUUUCGAAUGCUAAAGAAAAACUAAUAUUAAAUAUCGCAUUGUAACAGCAUUCUCAUUUUUUGACGAAAUCUGACAUGUACGUCCAUUUGGCACUUUUGGAGUAACUUUAUUUAAAGAUUUAUUAAAACAUGUAACAUAUUUCUAAAUAGGAAAUAACGGCUGGUAAUUCAUUUUUAAAGAAAGGAGUCAAUCUAAAACAAAUUAUAUGUGAUGUUUUAUCUUUUUAUGAUUUUGAAUUUCUUAACUCAGUCAGGAAACACGAGUUUACAAAUAUCAAGCAAGCCCGAAUUUGAAAGAGCAGAGGAAUGCGUCAUAACUUUGCGAAGCAAUCACACUAUUUCUGCUUUAGUUAUCUGCUCAUUAAGAAAGUACUUAUUUAUUUAUUUACAAUUACUAAAAAUUCUUUCGGAAAAGCUUAAUGCAAUCUAAAAAUUCAAAUGUUGGGAGUAAUAUUCUCCUUUGACUCUGUUUCCAUAAAUAUUUAAACCUGAUUCUCUACUCACAAACACAGAAACACUUAGUUGAGAUUUAUUCAUAAAAUUUGCCAAAAAGAAAAAAAGUUAACUUUUAAAUUUAAUAUUUUUUCUAGUGUUAAUGUUCUUUUUCAUGGCUAAUGAUUGCCUGAUGGGCCAUAUUAAAGUAUUCUUGCAGGCUGGAAGAAAUUUAAAUUCCUUUAUUUUGCAAAAUAUGGAUUUUUUUCAACAGAUUCUUCCAGCCAUGCUGAUCAUUUAGAGUUCAACUUGUUAUCAAAUCAGUCAUGAUUAAACUCUUCUCUUUGUCAUUUUUCAGCAUAGAAAUAAAUAUUUUAUGGUACUUUAACUAAAGCUGAUUGAAUCAAGGAAUUUGAAACGUUAAACAUCAGCCUACAGACCUCCAUAGACAUGCUGAAAUAAAAACACUUUACCAAUACUUACAGAAUAACUCUUGCUUGCAACACUAGAAAUGAGCAGUGCAUUCUGCAAACUAGUUUGCCCUUUCUAAAUGGCAGUUUAUCUGCACUUUAUAUUAUAAUCAUACAAAUCUUGGUUACAUACCAGAAAGACUGUAUUUAUCUAUAAAUUAAUAUAUACAAUGAAUUCUGUUUUUUUAAGGAGUUAACUAGUUUCUUUUUAUUUAAUUGGCAUUCAUGGAUGCAGAAAUGAUUUAAUGUAAAAGAAUUAGUUUAUUUUUGUGAUAUAAUUGAUUAGCAUUCCUUUUUUUUUAUUGUGCAUUGAGAUAUUGCUAUUUGGCAGCUUCUUUGGGAUAUAUUAAGAAGCUUUUUUUUUCUCUCCUUCCAUUGAUAUCGAAUAGAAGUUAUACUGGAUUUUUUUUCUUUAUUUAAUUCAUUCAUGCAUGCAGAAUUCCGUAGGAAUUCUUUUAUCAAUUGGAAAGUUUGUUUUAUAAGUUCUGUUUUUCGUAAGUUCAUUUUUUACUACAAUUUUCGUUAAUAAAUCUGAUAAUAAAAUGUAAGAUAUCGUUGGCAAGCUGAAGGCCCGUCCAAGAUAAUAUAAAUCUCCCAAUAGGUAGGAACUAAACAACUUUUUUUUGUCAGUUUAAGAAGCACCCCCUCCCCCAACUAUCAAAAGAUGGUGUGGGGAACUGAUGUACGGAAGGAAAUAUGCUGUCUCGAUUUGUAAGAAUCAUUUCAGGGGAGUUGUUACACAAUUUUUCAAGAGGGGGGGGGGGAGAAAAGAAAUAUUUGCAAAUUGAAUUUCAGUAGUGAAGAAAUUUUUCUAGGAUUUCACUAAAUAAUUACAAGGUUAUCUGAUUUUUCCAGGUGAGUAGAUACUCUUUUGUAAUAAUAAAAUUACCCGAACAAAAUACCAAUCACCUUUCAUUGACUGUUAAUUUAUGUUCUUUAUUACAAAUAUAUAAAACUUGUAAUUUAAUAAGUGUUAGUUAUUAUCGAAUAUAAAUAUCGUCUGUGAUUAAAAAUAAUCUAAUCUAUUAUCCUCAUAUCUUGUCAAUUUUAUAAAUUGUUAUUUAAUUAGAUGAUAUCAAAGCAAUUCAUCAUUCAAGAAUUUAUUUUAAAGUAUGUUACAGAUAAAAAAGAAAUGUAAAUGUACUAUACUUAUUCAGAAAGUUAUUUUAAAGUAUGUUCAAUAUGAGUGAAAAAGCCGCUUCUCGUAGACACUAUCUUCUACUAAAACAAAUGGCAUAAGUUUUUUCAUUUAUAUAUAUUCAAGCUCAUCCCUAUAUAAUAUGCGCUUAGGGAAAGAAAAGAAAAAAACCCAGCAGGUUCAGAAAUGUUUAGUGUAUGGAACAUAAUAACUUCAACACUUUCUCAGUUAAAUUCUUUUAAAGCAAGGAAUUAAAAAAAAAAAUUAUUACAAUGUUGCCAAUAUCUGUACUAGAUACUGUCAAACACAUGUUCACCUAGAAAUUUUAUCUUCUCCUUAAGUAAUAUAAAUGUUCUGAAAUUCUCAAUGGCAUUAUGCUUUUAUAAAUGUGAUCUAAUAAAGAAUUGCUGUCAAUAUGCCACAGGAAAUUCAUAAAUCAGAGAUGACACAUUUCUGCUAAAACACGGAUUUCAGCAUUUUUGGGAUCUUCAUCACUCUUGAGAUCGAUUAAUUUUCCGUAAUAAUUUUGCAAUAGUUUUAACAUCUUAAUAAUUCUUUGCAUUAAUUUAUUCUUCAAUACUUAUUUUACUUUUCAUAGUUUGGAAAAAUUCACUAUUUUAUAAUGUUCAGCUUUUUUUGUUCUGAGUUUGAGUCAUGUCUCUAAACAAUUACAUACAGCCAGGUUCACAUUUUAUACAUAUAGAUGUAAGAAUUGAAUUUUUCGCGGUCAUUAAAUUUUUUUAAAAAAAAAAUUCGUCCUCUAAAUUUUAAGCCAUUUGCAAAAUUUACUGUGAAACCAUUGUUAGUUUCCAAUAAAAAAUUUGUAUUGAUGAAGAAAAGGAUUAGAUUUAGUCAUGUCUGAAAAAGAUUUCUUAAUAGAAAGCAUAUUAUAUAUAUAUAUAUUUGAUUACCGAAUGUACUGUUCCAGAUUCAUUAUUUUAUCAGCUGCGACUUUUUUAUAGUUCCAAGCUUGUAUCAUGUUUGAUAAGUAUCGUAUAAUUUACACCGAUUAUCUGUAGAUAAUUAAAGUUCAGUUGUGACUUAUACAGAUGCAGUGUACUGUUUUUUUAUGCUAUGCACAAUUGUAAUUAUUAAUAUGCAUUCAUUUUCAUAAGUACAUGGCAUCUAAGUGGAUCCAGUGCAUACUGACAGAUUUUGUUACCAUAUCAAUCUUAGGUCUUUGUGAAAGAAAAUUAAAAUGCUAAACAAUGUUUGUGGCCCUAACAAAAAUGCAAUGAUUGCAUGCCAUAUGCAAGCUUGUGCUAUCUAUAAAUGUAUAGUUCGUUUUAUGUCUCUUUUAUGACUUCAUUCAAGUUGUAUUAAAUUUUUAUUUGUAUUUUUCUAAAAAAUGUUGGAAGUAUUUUAAUUUCUAUUUGACACAAAUAAAAGCUGCAUGUAUAAAUGCACAUUUAUCACUUGGUUUUUUUAUAAACAAAAAAAGUGCUGUAAAAAUAUGUGGCCUUAACAAAAUUGCAAUGAUGCCAUGCAAAUCUGUGCUUCAUUUAUGUAUGUGAAAUAAAUGAUAAUUUAUGUAA